AUGGUGCAGGUGGUACACCGCCACGGUGCGCGCAGCGCACUCAUCGACGACAACACGACGGAGAUUUGUGGCACCCUGUACCCGUGCGGUGAGCUGACCGGCGAGGGUGUCGAGAUGGUCCGUGCUAUCGGCGAGUUUGCCCGCAGCCGCUACAACAACCUCUCAUUGGUGGAGAGCCCUCUCUUCCCGUCGACGCGGUACAACUCCUCUGUCGUGCACACACGCUCCACCCACACCCAGCGCACCAUCCAGAGCGCGACCGCCUUUCUGCGCGGCCUCUUCCAGGACGACUACUUCUACCCGGUGGUGUACUCGACCAACAGAACGACCGAAACGCUGCUCAGCACUGACGCGGUGCCGUCCGUGGUGGGCCGUAGCUGGCUCGACAACCCGGCGCUGCACGCCGCCCUCAACCCGGUGAUCGAUGAGCACCUCAGCUGGGACGCCAUCCAGAGCGCUGCCAAGGACGCAUGGGUCGAGGGCCUGUGCGCGGACUACAACGCCCGCACCAACUGCGUCCUCGACAUGUACGACGUGGCCGCCGCCUUCGAGGCCGCCGGGCGUCUUGACAAUGCCACCAAUCUCAAGGCGGUGUAUCCCGGCCUUCAGGAGGUGAACGCCGCCUGGUUCAAGUAUGUCUUCAGCUGGAACCACACGAGCAAGCUCGAUCUCACGCAGGGCUCCGCCUCGCAGAACCUUGCGCAGACGGUGCUGGCCAACAUCAACGCCCACCGCCUCUCUCCGUCGUACAACAUGUUCCAGUACAGCGCUCACGACACAACGGUGACUCCCUUGGCUGUCACGUUCGGUGACCAGGGCGAGACGACGAUGCGUCCGCCCUUCGCGGUUACCAUCUUCGUGGAGCUGCUCCAGGACACCGCAGAUGCCAGUGGCUGGUACGUGCGCCUCAUCCGCGGCAACCCUGUGAAGGCAGCCGACGGCACCUAUGUCUUCCAGGAGUCUGGUAUCAAGGCAUACUGCAUCGAUGAAGCCGGGAACAAGUACCUCGCACACACCGGCAUCUGCCCGCUGAAUAGCUUCCGCCGCAUGGUCGACUACUCGCGCCCCGCCGUGGCUGACGGUCACUGCGCCAUGACACAGACUCAGUACAGCAACAUGGAUUGCCCGCGCACUAUCGCGGACAACAAGCCGGUGCCGUCGCGCUGCUGGCUCUACCGCCACGUUUGCCCUAGCAAGGCAUGCCCGGACAGCUACAUUCUCUCCGCGGUCGACCACCAGUGCUACCCCGGGCCCGACGUUACGAACCCCACCAGCAGCAGCAGCAGCGAGGGUACCACCACCAGCAGCAGCGAGGGUACCGCCACCAGCAGCAGCGAGGGUACCGCCACCAGCAGCAGCGACGUUACCACCACCAGCAGCAGCGAGGGUACCGCCACCAGCAGCAGCGACGCUACCACCAGCAGCAGCGAGGGUACCGCCACCAGCAGCAGCGACGCUACCACCAGCAGCAGCAGCGACGCUACCACCACCAGCAGCAGCGAGGGUACCACCAGCAGCAGCAGCGACGCUACCACCAGCAGCAGCGACGCUACCACCACCAGCAGCAGCGAGGGUACCACCACCAGCAGCAGCGACGCUACCACCAGCAGCAGCGAGGGUACCGCCACCAGCAGCAGCGACGCUACCACCAGCAGCAGCAGCGACGCUACCACCAGCAGCAGCAGCGACGCUACCACCACCAGCAGCAGCGAGGGUACCACCAGCAGCAGCAGCGACGCUACCACCAGCAGCAGCGACGCUACCACCACCAGUAGCAGCGAGGGUACCGCCACCAGCAGCAGCGACGCUACCACCACCAGCAGCGAGGGUACCGCCACCAGCAGCAGCGACGUUACCACCACCAGCAGCGAGGGUACCGCCACCAGCAGCAGCGACGCUACCACCAGCAGCAGCAGCGACGCUACCACCACCAGCAGCAGCGAGGGUACCACCAGCAGCAGCAGCGACGCUACCACCAGCAGCAGCGACGCUACCACCACCAGCAGCAGCGAGGGUACCGCCACCAGCAGCAGCGACGUUACCACCACCAGCAGCAGCGAGGGUACCGCCACCAGCAGCAGCGACGCUACCACCAGCAGCAGCGAGGGUACCACCACCAGCAGCAGCGACGCUACCACCACCAGCAGCGAGGGUACCGCCACCAGCAGCAGCGACGUUACCACCACCAGCAGCGAGGGUACCGCCACCAGCAGCAGCGACGCUACCACCACCAGCAGCAGCGAGGGUACCACCAGCAGCAGCAGCGACGCUACCACCAGCAGCAGCGAGGGUACCGCCACCACCAGCAGCGACGCUACCACCAGCAGCAGCAGCGAGGGUACCACCAGCAGCAGCAGCGACGCUACCACCAGCAGCAGCGACGCUACCACCACCAGUAGCAGCGAGGGUACCGCCACCAGCAGCAGCGACGCUACCACCACCAGCAGCGAGGGUACCGCCACCAGCAGCAGCGACGUUACCACCACCAGCAGCGAGGGUACCGCCACCAGCAGCAGCGACGCUACCACCACCAGCAGCAGCGAGGGUACCACCAGCAGCAGCAGCGACGCUACCACCAGCAGCAGCGAGGGUACCGCCACCACCAGCAGCGACGCUACCACCAGCAGCAGCAGCGAGGGUACCACCAGCAGCAGCAGCGACGCUACCACCACCAGCAGCAGCAGCGAGGGUACCGCCACCAGCAGCAGCGACGCUACCACCAGCAGCAGCGAGGGUACCGCCACCACCAGCAGCGACGCUACCACCAGCAGCAGCAGCGAGGGUACCACCAGCAGCAGCAGCGACGCUACCACCAGCAGCAGCGAGGGUACCGCCACCACCAGCAGCGACGCUACCACCAGCAGCAGCAGCGAGGGUACCACCAGCAGCAGAAGUGACGCUACCACCAGCAGCAGCGAGGGUACCGCCACCACCAGCAGCGACGCUACCACCAGCAGCAGCAGCGACGCUACCACCAGCAGCAGCGAGGGUACCGCCACCACCAGCAGCGACGCUACCACCAGCAGCAGCAGCGAGGGUACCACCAGCAGCAGAAGUGACGCUACCACCAGCAGCAGCGAGGGUACCGCCACCACCAGCAGCGACGCUACCACCAGCAGCAGCAGCGAGGGUACCACCAGCAGCAGCAGCGACGCUACCACCAGCAGCAGCGAGGGUACCGCCACCACCAGCAGCGACGCUACCACCAGCAGCAGCAGCGAGGGUACCACCAGCAGCAGCAGCGACGCUACCACCAGCAGCAGCGAGGGUACCGCCACCACCAGCAGCGACGCUACCACCAGCAGCAGCAGCGAGGGUACCACCAGCAGCAGAAGUGACGCUACCACCAGCAGCAGCGAGGGUACCGCCACCACCAGCAGCGACGCUACCACCAGCAGCAGCAGCGAGGGUACCACCAGCAGCAGCAGCGACGCUACCACCAGCAGCAGCGAGGGUACCGCCACCACCAGCAGCGACGCUACCACCAGCAGCAGCAGCGACGCUACCACCACCAGCAGCCACCAGCAGCAGGUGACCACCACCAGCAGCAGCAGCGAGGGUACCACCAGCAGCAGCGACGCUACCACCACCAGCAGCGACGUUACCACCACCAGCAGCAGCAGCGAGGGUACCACCACCAGCAGCAGCAGCAGCAGCAGCAAAAGCACAAGUUCAUCGGAUGUCCCUUCCUUCAAAAAGCCCGCGAACUGGAGCCCGCGCGUUCUCUCGCCGGAAAGGGGCCGCCACAUUGCCGGGGACAUCAUCCGCCGCGUGACGAACGGUGUUACGAUCGGUGCGGGUGUCCGAAAGCACGAUGAGUACAGCCGGCACCGCCAACAGUAG